GCGCAACAACGCGUUUCCCAAAAUUUCCUACUUUUGUGCAUCAGCAAGCGCGUUUCUUUUCUUUCAAACAAAAAAUGAGCACCCGCAUUCAACGGCAAACGGAAGACAAUGAAGAAACGGGAUUAGCGAAACUCGUCGAUAAAACAUUCGACACCUACCAAGCAACAUUAUUCCAUGCAUUCCAAACUGAAAGACGAGCACGAAAAAAAAGCGAAGACUCACUCAAAGUGGCAUUGUGCUCGAAUUUACAAUUACGCUUGCCCAAGGAACGUGAAACGACUCAAUCCUCUACGUCCAAGUAUCAACAGCCAACAAGAUCAAAGGGUCAAAUAUUAAGCGUACAGUUCAACACAUGUCCAAUCGAACAAUGGGAUUCUCCAUUUACACCGAUUGAGAUUGUUGUCAGGAUCAAGAUGGAUCGCCUUCAAAAAGAGAUUGGAGGUUCAGUCAUUAUGCUUCCAAACAAAGAACAGCCAGAAAACAGUGAUCUAUUCUGCUCUUAUCCACUGUUACUUGUACGAGCAACCCGUAUUGUGUGGUUGGAGAUUCAGACAUGGCUUGAGCGUUCGCUGGAUUGCCAUGUCAGACUACUCAAUCUAACGCCUAAUAUACUGAGCAAUAUCACUGAAUGGUGGGCCGGCCAAUUGUUUGAUCUUCCUCCAAGCGAAAACGAACGUAUCAUAGUUGCGAACAAAAAUAUCGCAGCAAGGAAUUCAAAACUAGAGCUUGAACUCACAGUAUCCGGAACCAGAGACCUUUCUACCAUUAAUAUUGCAAUGAGCGUCCCAGACAUUAUGAACAUCUUUGCAGUUAUCAGGGCAAGCAAUAUAUCCCUGCUCGACGCCAUCCAGACACAAGUACACAACAGCAUGAGACUGCAAUUAGGAGCACUUCGGUUAACGAGGAUAGGAACGCCUAUCGCUUAUAUCGAUAUCUCCCAAAACAAACUCAAGUUGAUGUCCAAUAUAUCCAAAGCACAAGUCAUUCGACUGUUGGAGGAUUUUUGCGAAAUUGGUUCUACAGAGCAUUGAAAAGUUGGUUUGAAGAGCAUAGUACAAAAGAAGGGAAACACUACUACCUAUACUAUCCUGAACAAAAGCUC